UUUAAUUUUUGCUUAUUUCCUCUGAUUAUGUUGAAAGUUUUUCAGAUUCUAUCAUGUCAUUUUUAGAAACUAAUAUUGUGCAGGUUUUGAAUGAGAGAAGCUUGUUAGGAUUUUCUUUUCCAUAUGGCCAGUCAUCAUUUAUUCCUUCAUGCUCAUCUCACCGCAUUAAGUCGUUGCUGGACUUGAAGUGUACAAAAUAUACUGAUUAUAAAUUCUUCUGUGAAGAUGACCAAGGGGAAGUCUAUGGCAACCAGCCUAUGUACUGUUGCAGUUUUGGAAAAGACUCCAACACUGGUCAUUUGCUGGCUUAUGGAGGGGAAGAUGGAAAUGUGACAAUUGUUAAUUCAGCUGAACGCUCAAAUGUUCCUACAGUAAUUUCCUCUUGCAAUGAGAGCGUCCAUGUUGAUGCUGUCAUUGAUGUGAGCUGGGUACCCAACACUGAAGAAAUUCUAUCAUGUGGAGGAGACAAGGCUGUUGUACUCUGGAAACUUGGUGAAGGAAGGCUGCAUCCACUGCUCAAGUUAUUUGGCCACUCACGAACUGUCAAAACCUUACAGAUUAACCCUUAUGAUCCAAUGGUGUUUGUAUCUGGUGGACGUGACGGGAAUAUUGUUGUGUGGGAUCGUCGCUGCAGCCCCCAACAUCGCGCUGACAAAAUAGAGUCUGCACAUCCGUCCGCCGUGACUGGGCGCGUUUGCAGUAAACACCGAACGCCAAAUGCUCCGCCGAGCAACGCUGUUUCAUCCCUUGUAUUCUACGAGGAGCAUACGCUCACGUCUACAGGCUCGACUGAUGGGCUGAUCAAAAUGUGGGAUUUGCGCAAAAGUCACUGUACGUUACGUAGCGUACCUGUGCCAGUACACACGCUCUCGCAGCCUCAAACAUCCUCCAUGCGGGGCUUCGGGUGGGCUUGUGCUCCUUCGCGCUCUCACUACCUCUAUGCUCUCGCCAUGGACUACAAGAUAUACGCUUACCAUCUGGCCAUGCCCAGCGCCGAGCCUGUGAGCUGCUACACUGGCUGCCUGAACACGACGCACUACGUCCGCAUGGCGGUGAGCUCGUGUGGUCGCUACCUCGUGUCUGGAGGAGCGGACGGACGAGCCCUGGUCUGGCUGACCAGCAGACCGGGACCUCCUGUGGCUCAGUUGACAGGACAUCGAGGGGAGGUUUCUGCUGUGGACUGGGGACAGUUCGGCGGUGACAAGAUCGCCACAUGUGGGGAUGAAGGUAUGCAGAAGAUUUAUUACAUGGAUCAUUCAUUUUAUGAGAAGAACCAGACUUCAGAGAAUGAUGAUUUUUUCCGUGGCCAAGUUACCCUGGUUGACGAGGCAGUUCUUGCUCGCUGUCCACCAAUGAGCCGAUGUUCAAAAAUGAGACCACUAAGAUAUUUGAGGAAACUAUCCUAUGACGUAGAGUAUUCUGGAAUAUCUCAACCUUUACCACCAGUUCCCCAAACUCCACGCUCAAGGCCUAAAUUAUCAUACAGUAUGUCAACGCCUCUACGAAGUAAUAGCCAUGCUCCAACUUUAUCAACUCCAGGUCGCAGUACAGAUCUACCAACCAGAGACCCAAGUACCCCCAUCCCCACCACACCUUCAAGUCGAGCGACUGACAACGAGGCCCGCAAUAUGUUAUUGUUUACACCUCAUCAAAGUACACACCCAACCGAUUCUCCCCGCUAUGAAGGGGAGAACCAUAGCGCUCAACGAGCUUCACUCCUACAAACUCCUCGUACUCCCUCAAGUUUGGACAGGUCAUUGACACUUCUCCAGUGGUUAUCAACGGCAAAGAAAACGCCUAAGCCUUCACCGGCGUGUGGUACACCUCUACAGCCGACGUCCGCGCAAAACGAAUGUACUAGCGCCUCCAAGCGUGCAGGAAUUAAGAGAAAACUUACUGACGUCCUGGAGAAAAGUCAUGGUGGAGAACAGGAAAACAUUCGAGAUGAUGGAUCCAUCUGUAACAAGCGAAAACCGAUUUCCCCUUCUAAAGAUGUUCUUGUGGAAAACAAUAAUUUGAGUCAACCUUCUACUGUGGCAAAAAUGUUGAAUUAUGGUAAAUCAAAUGAAAAACCGAAAUCCUCGACAAGCUUAAAAUUAGAAACUAUAUCAGAAAUUGCCGAAAGUGUUCAGCCAUUUGAGCAAAGUAUGUUAGAGACGAUAAAGAAUAACAGCUUGAGAGGUUUGUUUGUUGAAAAUAAAUCUAGGUCAAGUUUAGAUGAAGAUAGUAGUAAAUCAACUACAAAUACACCGGCGUCUUUGGAUGUCGUUUACUCUUCAGUUGGAAGUUCCUUGACACCUGUUAAAGACAGUUUAGAAAUAUCACAUCAGCCGCGGUCGAAAUCCAGAUUUGAGUCACCUACUGCCAACUUGCCAAAUUUCGUCAAAGAUGGCAUAUCUCCUCGUCCUGUGCCUGUUUUACACGAGAAGCAAAUAACAUCUAACUGGCUCAGCACACUUUCCAGCCAACGAAAACUCCAAUUUAGUCAAACUUCGGACGGAAAAGCUGCUUCAGGUAAGGUAACCGAUACAAUUUCUACCAUAGAAAAAACAGCGCCAAGUUCUUCAAGAAAACCAGCAGUGAAGGGUAAAGGAAAAAAGAAUCUGAAAAUUGUGUCGCUGUCAGACAGUCCUUCAAACCCAGCAGGUAACAACUCUCCUAGAACUACACAAAUGAAACUCACUUUCAAGUAAAAGUUUAUUCGAGUUUUUAAAAAGGAGGUUAAAUUAAUUUUAACAAAACAGUUUUCUCAAUGACGAAUUCAUUUGAACAAUUUGUUAAAGGAUCAAAAUAUGCCUAAUAUUUAAGAUGAAUCUCACAAUAAUAAGAUCUCAAUAUAAAUCAUUAUUAAGA